UGAGAAUUAUAAAGCUGUUUUUACAAUUGUUUUGAUCUGUUUUCAAUUUGACAUUUUGUCUAGAGGAUAGAGAUCAUGUCCACAGCAGAUCAUUCAUUCCCAUCCGGUUAUUAUCAGUACGUACUUGGUCUCUUAUCUGUAGAAGUCGGUUCCCACAGUUGUCAACAUUGAAAUUGUGCAUGCAAGGGGCCGGGUACUAGGUCACGCCGGGCGGGGUUAGAGGCACAACUAUUGUAACAAGCAUUAGAGGGAGAUCAUUUUACCAUGUGGUGAUGUACCUCGCAUUGGAUGGGCUUGUCAGAUUUCUCGAGACAGCUCGACCAUCAUGUGAGUUCAUGUCUAGGUUCGUGUGGUGGUGGUGUUUGUUACACUGGCUCUGUCCCUGCCAAACAUUGGAGCUGUUUUUGUCCAGGUGUUGGAUAGGAUUGAAAAAAAAAUAUUGUGAUGGAAACAAUUUGGUGGUCUUAACUGUUAACAGAGACGGCGGAAAGAGAUUCUAAUGGGAAUGGCUGAGUUACUGUCAUUCUUGUCUUGUUUUGUCAUUCUUGCCUCGGAAAUCUUCAUGUGUUGGUCUUAAUUUCUAACAGAUUUUUCGGACAGAGUCUUCGUGAGAACCUCUCAGAACAGUUGCUGUCCUGGUAUCAGCAAAUUCAUCAUUGUUACUUCAGAAUGGUUUGAACAAUAUCUCGGGCUUGAUUGAUUGUGAAGGAAAAAUUGAGAAGACAUCAUGGCAAGCCAGUCAGCAUCGAAAAAGCAUAAAGAUAAGCCCUCCCAGGCCUUGACACUUGCCAAUCCGUGGGCUAUAUGCCUUGCUAACGGUAGGGCUGUGGAGGAAGACAGUAAGUCCUCUGCCAAGGAUAAUGACGGAGCAGCGAGUCCACCUAACGGUUCGCCACUGAGGACUUGGUGCGGCAAGAUGGGUCUUGUUAAACUCUUCCUUCGCAAAGCUCAGCCGUUUUAUUACCUUGAACUUGCCGGGGACUUAGUCAGCCUGUCAGGUCCACGGUUACUGCUUCCACCAGGCCAACAAAAUGGCCACAGCAGUGUCGGCAACCGAAGCCUGGAGUUUUUCAGGCAGUCUGGGGAAAGCGUUGGGAGGAACUCCCCGUCACCUCUCGCCAACAGAACGGAGAACGACCUGGUCGUGAGAACCAACGAAAAUGGGUCCGGGGCGGAGGAUCGUUGCCACCAUCGCAGUCACCGGAAUUACGAACAGCUGCGGAGUGAAUGCAAGAGAGCUAUCAUAGAGUUGGAGAACUUGAAGCGGCAGCACUCGGAGGUGAUGGAAAAGUUUGAUCAUGCCAAUCGGGAGGCCGAGUACUGUCGGAACAAGUAUCGCUCUUCUGCCGAGACGGCGGAACAACUCCGCAUGGAACUGCAAGCCAAGAUGUGCGAAUGUGCUGAGGUGAAUGCAGACUGGGAUCAGGCUAAGAAGGAAAUCAUCGACCUGAGGCAGACUCACGAGAACGACUUGAAGGAGCUGUCGGAACUGAGGAUGCAGAACCGUGAAGUCAUGAACCAGCGCGGGUCGUCUGAGGUUCUGAAUAAGAUGUAUGAUACAGCCUGGGACAAGUACGAAGGAUUAAAAAGAGAAUAUGAAGCUCUGAAGCAGAGGAACGCUGACUUGACAUCCAGGAAUAGUAUCUCAAACUUUAAUAUUGGGAGGAUGGAGGAAGAUAUCAAGAGACUCAAGGGGCAGUUAGAGACUGCUUAUGCUGAGAGGGACCGAUCGUAUACGGAGCGUAAUGCACUGAAGCAGCAAUGCACGGUCGUAAUACGCAAAUACGACAAUGUCUUACGGGAAAUGGACGAGUCGCUGCAGAGUACAAAGCUUGCCAAUCAGAAGUACGAGAAAGCGCAGCGGGAACUAAACCGCAUCCAGCACAUCAAGCAUGAGAUGGAUAAGAAGAUUGAGCGCGUGACCGAGGAACGCAACGCCGCCGUGCGAGAGUACACGCUGGUGAUGAGCGAACGUGACGAUGUUCACAAAGAGAUGGAGAAGCUUCAAGAGGAUGCUCAGACGGAGAGCUCAUGCAGGAAGAGCAUCGAGGAGAAAUACCGGAAUGUCUUAGCCAUCAAUGAUGCGCUGAAAGGCAAGAUGUACGUUAUGAGUAAAGAGCGUGAUCACGCCUUGAGGGAGUACAAUGAACUGAGUGAUCGCUACCGCGACAUCAUCAGCAAUACAGCCCUGGCGCAGAAAGAACGGGACAAGGCACUGUUUGAGUUUGAGAAAUUUAAAGACGAGAGGGAUGUCGCACGACGGGAACGAACUGAGGCUUUGGAUCAGCGGGAUAAACUUCUCCAAGAAUGCUACAAUGCCGUCCAGCAGCAGAAAUCCAUCAGUUACGAUUAUGACCUGGCCUUCAAAGAAGCCGAGGUCCUGCGAAGGAACCUGGACACUGCCGAGAAAGAACUCAAAGAGGUGCAGUCGGAGACAGACGACGCCAAGCGGCAGCGAGACCGGGCAUUCCAGGAACGCGUCAAGAUCAUGAUGGAGCGGGAGAGCAUCCGGACACUGUGUGAUAAACUCAGACGGGAACGCGAUCGUGCGGUCAGCGAUUUUGCCGAGGCUCUGAGAAAUCUGGACGACGUCAAGCGACAGCGAAAUGAUGCCGUGAAGCAGCUCAAAGAAACGAAGGACAAGAUGCAGAAGCAAUCGGAGAAGGACUUGCACACAGGGAUGAAGAAACUCAUCACCAACCACAGCCGAGACUCGGCCAUCGAUGCCGACUCUCAGGAGUGGGAGACGGAGACGGUUGCCAUAGAAACCGAGCGGGAGGAUGGUGACGUCAGUGUGCUUGGGUUUGACUUUGGCGACAGUAAGGACCACACCCAGAUCCCAGAUGACUGCUCACUGAUCAUCACAAAAGUGGACAAGGGCAGCCUGGCGGACGGGAGACUCAAAGUCAAUGACUACGUGUUGAGAGUCAACGACAUCGACCUGACCAAUGGUGAUCGGACUGUGGCUCUACAGGCCGUCAAGAAAGCUAGGGGCGUCAUCAACAUGGUUGUGAAAAGACGUCGCUCCUCUGGUGCCAAGUUCUGUCCAGUCACCCUCUUCCUGACCAACAAGGACCACGGGGUGACCUUGGAGUCUGGUAUCUUCGUCAGCCGUAUUGAACCUGGGUCUGCCUCAGCCAAAGAAAGUGGUCUGAUGGUCGGCGAUCGCAUGGUCUCGGUUAAUGGGGAGUCUGUGCUUAACAAGCAAGCCAGGGAAGUACAGGAGUCGUUAGACACCGUUGGGGAAGCAAUCACUCUCAACGUCAUGCGCGUCUCAUCUCCAUCCUCCUCCUCCGGGCUGCCGUCCAACGCCAGCCCGACGGUCGAAUCGAUCAAGAGCCACGAGACGUUAUCCUCCAAGUCCAGCCUGACGCCCCUCAUGUCCCCCUGCGAGGACUCGGAGAAGACUAAGAGCGGCCGGAAUAUCAGCAUACAGACAGAAGUGACACUGUCACAACCGCCGCCACCGAUCUCCCCCCCGCUGAUGCGACACCAGCAAGAUGCGACCCGCUUUGAGGACAAGGUGAUUCAGAAUCCCCACUUUCAGGGCAGGGACUACCUGCCCCCGGGCUCCAGAGGUCAGGGGUCGCCGGACUGGCAGAUGAACCAGCCGGAGCCAGUUCAGUACUCGAGCACGAGGCCUCACGCUAACAGUGAGCCGGCACGCAGGCAGGACGGUGGGAUGGCUUGGGACAGUCAGCAUCAGCAACAGUGCAAUCAUGAGAAUGCUUGGGCAUACCCUUCACAGCAACAGCAGCUACAACAGCAGCAACUGCAGCAGCAGCAGCUACAACAGCAGCAACAUCAGCAUUCAUGUCAGAGCUCACAAGACUUUAACCCCCAUAUGGAGGAUUUCCGGGACAGUGUCAGACACUCAAGGGAAGGCUCCUUCGUGGGUUCGUCUCACUCCCGGCAGGGCUCUUCCCACUCUCGACAGAGCUCUCGUGAGUCAUCGGGAAGGCAUUCCGGAUAUCACACCUCCCACAGCAGUCACGAGAGCUUCCGGGAAAACAAACGACAGAACAGUUUCGAGUCUCGAGAUCACAUCGGCCACAAUGACGCUCACAAUCCACACGGUACCAAAGAAAUUCCCUAUCGGUCUCCACCACCGUCAAAACACGGGAACCACACGAAACAGGAUUCCAAGGAGAACUAUCCGCCUACCCAACCUCAGACAAGUGGUCCUGAGGAGAACAAGACCUCCCCGGCCAUGAUUCGGCCGCGAAGAGCGCGGGAUGGUAGUCCGAGGGUUGACCCCUACACAGAACGCGGGGAGUUCUACCGUGGGGGUGGCCACGCUGAGAAAACGGAAAAUAGCACCUGGCCCAAAUCAAGAGGACCCCCAGAAGUGUACCUGACCAACAGGAAAAAACCGAAGCGUAUCACUACCAUUCCAAUCAUGAAUCCCCCAUAUGAGAAUGUGCAAAGCGACAAGAAAGGAGAUGGAGACAUGGUGCCGCCAAAACCUCCGAGUCGCAACUCCUCCUUGAAGGCCUCUAGAGAUCGUCGACGGGAAAUUGUUGAGAGGCAUCAGAGAUCUUCCUCAACCUCUGCAGGACCGGAGCACAUGGGCGUUUCAGAGACAGCCCAACAUGGGCAACCCAGUCAGCAACACCAGACUCCGAGUUACGGACAUUCACAACCAACUCUCGAGAGUAACGACGGUGGCAAUCAGAAUAAUAAUCGAGACAGCCAGUCCUCGGUGGUGCACUACCAAGCUGGUUCCUUGCCGGAUACCAGCGUCGACUACACUGUUGUCAGUGCGCAGCCAGAGGUAGCCACUCAAUUCAGGCCGAUUUCGACCCCCGUAAUCCCUGGUACUCAAGGCCAAAAUUCAUCUGAUUCCAAACGUGCAAUUCGGCGUCGUGCCCCCCGCCCCGAUCAGCUAGAACUCUCCCGCUACUCCCCCCAAACACCUCCACCCCAUACCACAGGUGGUAGGCCAUCGUGGGAGCAUCACCAUUCCGCCAUGUCACAAAACAUUGAGUUCCGAUCGCAGCCAGCUGUCAUGGUCCGACACUCAAACAAAGUCCCUUACUUCAAAGCCCACAGUCACUGUUUGACGAUUUCCAACAGACCAGGCCGGCCUGCCCAUUCCGCAAUCUACAUGCCUCCAUACCCAUCCUCGAACCACUCCAUUUCACCCUCAACCCAUGGCGACGAUCGCUCUCCGUCGCGGGCCUCUCUACCGACUAUUCCUGGAGGCUUCCAGGUCGACAGUCGACGUAACUCCAACCAGAGCUUUGACUUCGAGCCCCAACACUCAGCCCCUCACGGCUACAACCCAAGGGACGAUGGGUUUGGUACCUUCCCUAAGAAAAGUGAGAAGAAAGUGACUGGAUGGAUGACUCAGAAAUAUCGUGUCAGCCCGGUAACUUGCCUGUCUACCAGCUCUGUAGAGAAAGGUUCUGUAUCCUCAAGUUCUGGCGGACGCGACAACCCAAUCUCCCUCAGUCAGUUCUCGGUCAGUUCGUCCGGUCGUAGCUCCGUCAGUUCAUUCUCAGAGCCGGAGGUUAUCGUACGGAGGUGUUCUGGCUCCUCAGCUGGAACCCGCACCAUUGAGAUAGAAAAGAGCAACGAACCGUUGGGCAUCAGCAUUUUCCGAGGCAGUCGAGGUGGAAUCUGUGUUCAUACCGUAACGCCAGGAAGUCUGGCAGAGAGGGCCGAGCUACGAUAUGGAGAACAAAUACUGGAGUUCAACGGACUAAACUUACGCCAAGCGACUUACGACCAGGCAGCCAUUAUCUUGAGCCAAGGGGGUAACAGCAUCAGUAUGCUGGUCAUGUACAACGCUGAAACAGAGAUGCAGCGAGAUUCAGUGUGUGACAGCGAGGAAGUCACGCCCACUUCCACGCCUGGGAGUACGCGCACCAACUCCCCCAUGCUCAGCCGACCCCAGUCUGAAGUCUGCUCAGACACGGGAACAAUGACCCCGCCCACCCCAAGGGCUAGCCGGAUAUACACUGCACCCAAAGAAGAGAACCUCCCAUCGCCCAGCGAGCCUCGCUUUGUGUUCUUAGAAAAAAGUGGCAACAGUCUGGGGGUUGGGGUGUUCGGCGGCAAUGCGGUGGGCAUCUUUGUCUAUGAGGUGCAGCCGGACGGAGUAGCGGCCAAGCCCAAUGGAUUACAAGUCGGGGAUCAGAUACUAGAGUUCAAUGGAGUUGACUUACGCUGUGCUACAGCAGAACAAGCCGCCAUGGAGCUACAGAAACCAACAGAGAAGGUCUCCAUACUGGCGCAGCACAACAUCGCAAAAUUCAACAAGAUCAAGGACCAGCACGGUGACUCGAUGUACAUCCGUGCCAUGGUGGAUUACCAGGCGGAGACCGAGGACCAGCUAACCUUCCGUAGAGAUGACAUCCUGUACGUGGACGACACCAUGUACAACGGCGUGGUAGGGGUGUGGUUAGCCUGGCUGCUGGAUCCUGUCGGCAAGAAGACUAGGAUGGGACAGAUACCCAGCAAGGCACUACUUCAGAAGGACCAAGCCCGUAAGCGUAGCAUCUCCCAAGGUCUCCAGGAGGAGGAGCUACGCAACGCCUCUUCAAGACGCAACGCCGGCCCGGCCCGGCGUAGCCUCUUCCGGCGUAAGAAACACCAGCGCAACAACUCAGACAGCAAAGAGCACAGCGAGGGAUCGGUGUCGGAUGUGCCUAUCCAAGAAGAGGCCGUCUUGCCAACUUACCAAAGGGUGGAACCAUUGGACUAUCACAUCAAGCGUCCAGUUCUUCUCCUAGGUCCCUUAGCAGACCGAGUCGCUGCCAAGAUGGUGGACGAAUCACCUGACAAAUUCAACCGAUGCUUGCCAAAAAUUGUCCGGACCUCUUCAGAGAUAUUGCUGAAGGACUUCGAGAACAACGUCUAUGUAGACUACCGACGUCGCGACAGUCACUUUGAGUGCAUCCACGCAGCUACAGUGAAGGAAAUCACCAAGAAGGGUUGUCACUGCAUUCUGGACGGAGUGUCUCCAUUUGCCACGGAGAGGUUGCAGAUGCUUCAGCUGUUCCCUAUCGUCAUCUUCAUCCGUUACAAGUCAGCGAAGCAAAUCAAGGACCAGAAGGACCCCCUUUACAUCCCUGACCGAGUCUCGCAUCGCUUGGCCAAGGAGAUGUUUGAGCAGUCGCAGAAACUGGAACAAGAAUGUCGAAACCUCUUUUCAGAUAUUGUCAUCGGCGGCAAUCUGGCCAGCGUCUGCACCAAAGUCAAGAAGGUCAUCGACAAAGAGCAACAUAAGACGGUCUGGGUUCAGUCAAUAUGCCCACUGUAAACUCACGACCGGGGAUAACCAACUUUGGAUGUAACAGGAGCAACUGCUCUUAAAGACCUUUGGUUGACUAAUGUGGUUGAUUUGUGUUGUAUGCCUAUUCCUCCUCAAUCCUACAAAAUCAACUAGGCACUUUGGAAGGAUUUUGUAGGAUUGAGGCUGUAAGCUGGCUAAGUGCCCAUUGUUUUUGGAGGAUGCAUUGUGUCAAGGUCUUAAUCUGAACCUUGUGUUGUUUAUGCUUAGCCGUGCUUCAGUUUAGGCCUAGAUUAUACUUGAUAUCCCCCGCACUGCUUCUUAAUGGCAUCGACACGCAAGUCGGACUUUAAUCACGGUUGUGAUUGGUCAAAACGACAUUGGGGGCGGGGUUUAACAAAUUGGUCUAUUGUAUUCGGAUUAUUACAUACUGUUGAGUCUUUUGUGCACUCUCGUUAAAAAAAAAUCUUGCUCAAAAAUAAAGAUCGUUGUAUUUUUGGAUGGGCUACAUUUUACGAUUUGAAUUAGAAAUCCAACAUCGUUUGCGAAGGUGUGUGUCUAAGUGUGUGUGGUUUUCCUUUACUUUUAAAAUUGUUGUCAUUGUAGAUGUAAAUAUUCUCAUUGGAGGCAUUGCAAUGGCCGGCAUUGUAACGUUACAAGAGCUUGCAUUUUGAUAGCAGAUAAUUGGAAUAACUUGCUUUGCCAUAGUAAGUAUUGAAGUAGCCCGCAUUAUACAAUAGCUUCCAUUGUGAUAGCAGAAAUUGCAUAAGGUUGCAUUGUAAAAGCAUGUAUCACAAUAGCUUGCCUUGGUGAUAGAAAAUAUUACUAUAGCUUCCAUUGUGAUAGCAGAAAUUGCAUAAGGUUGCAUUGUAAUAGCAGGUAUUACAAUAGCUUGCCUUGUGAUAGCAAUUAUUACAAUAGCUUGCCUUGUGAUAGCAGGUAUUACAAUAGCUUGCAUUGUGAUAGCAGAUAUUACAAUAGCUUGCAUUGUGAUAGCAGGUAUUACAAUAGCUUGCAUUGUGAUAGCAGAUAUUACAAUAGCUUGCAUUGUGAUAGCAGGUAUUACAAUAGCUUGCCUUGUGAUAGCAAUUAUUACAAUAGCUUGCCUUGUGAUAGCAAUUAUUACAAUAGCUUGCCUUGUGAUAGCAGGUAUUACAAUAGCUUGCAUUGUGAUAGCAGGUAUUACAAUAGCUUGCAUCGUGAUAGCAAAUAUUACAAUGGCAGAAUUGCACUAGAUUGCAUUGUGAUAGCAGGUAUUACAAUAGCUUGCCUUGUGAUAGCAGGUAUUACAAUAGCUUGCAUCGUGAUAGCAAAUAUUACAAUGGCAGAAUUGCACUAGAUUGCAUUGUGAUAGCAGGUAUUACAAUAGCUUGCCUUGUGAUAGCAGGUAUUACAAUAGCUUGCAUUGUGAUAGCAGGUAUUACAAUAGCUUGCCUUGUGAUAGCAGGUAUUACAAUAGCUUGCAUUGUGAUAGCAGGUAUUACAAUAGCUUGCCUUGUGAUAGCAGGUAUUACAAUAGCUUGCCUUGUGAUAGCAAGUAUGACAAUAGCUUGCCUUGUGAUAGCAGGUAUUACAAUAGCUUGCCUUGUGGUAGCAGGUAUUACAAUAGCUUGCAUCGUGAUAUCAAAUAUAACAAUGGCAGAAUUGCACUAGAUUGCAUUGUGAUAGUAGGUAUUACGAUAGCUUGCUUUGUAACAGGAAUACAAUAUAUUUCAUUGUUACGGCAAGUAUUACAAUAACUUCAUUGUAAUCGUUAUGUUACCUUGCAUUGUGAUACCAGAUAUUGCUAAACUUGCUUUGCCAUCGCAGGUAUUGCAGUAGCUAGCUUUACAGUUGCUUGCAUUGUAAUAGAAAAUAUUACAAUGGCUUGCAAUGUGAUAGCAGAUAUUCCAAAAGCUAGCAUUGUGAUAGCAGAUAUUACAAUAGCUUGUAUUGGGGUAGCAGGUUUGAACUACUUAACUUUAAUAACUAUCACAAAAUAUCUCUCCAAGAUAGCUGAAACAAUAGUCACAGUACUUGUGAUUUUAGAAAGACUUGCAUUUCAUUUGAUAUUUAAGAAUAUUUUCAAACACUAGAGAUAGUUGCAUUCUUUCUUUUACACAUUUGCAUUUCUGUAUUCAAAAGCGUGUGAUAUUCUUUUUUUGUUUCAUUUGUUAAUAGAAGAAGUGGAAAUAAAAGUAGUGUUAAUUUAUCAUUGCUGUAAAAAUGACACGUUUGUAAUAUGAGUUUUCGCCAAACUGCGUUCAUAAGCUGUCUGGCUGCGAAGCAAAUUUGAAAGAAAUUCAUGAUUGUACAUAAGAAAAAAAAUUACCUUGUAUAGAGACAACUGCCAGUGGAUGAAAUAAUUUAAGGAAUUAAAAAGAAAAAAAAAUGCACUGCUCGUAAAUUCAGUACUUUGUAUUAUAAAGAUAAAUAUUAGUGGGUUCUUGUGAUUAUUUAUUAGAUGAAGUGUUUAAAGAUAGAAUUGGAUUUCAUGCCAUUCUCGAAAGCAUCCAAGAAUUUUUACCAUUGAUUGGUCACGUGCUCCAGGCCAAAUGGGUGACCAAUAUGCGUAAUUUUUUUUUUUUUUUUUUCAUAGGGAGAAUUUGCAUUUGACUGUUGAUAUCUGUAUGUUGCCGUCAUAGAUCAGUACCUUUUGCCUAUUUAAUAGUAGUACAAUUGUUUGUUUGGUUUUCUGCUUAGCAAAAAAAUCAUGUAAAUGUACAGGUCAAACAUUUUGCUUACGUCAUGUCAUCAUUAAGCGUGCUAUGUCGUAUUUACGUCUCAAGUUUUAAACAUACAGCAUGAUAUUUCGUAUUUUUUUAAAAUAAAAUUUGCUUACAUUAGCACAGCUUUGAAGCAAAAGAAAGAUUGCGAUUGUUAAAUACCUUUUAAGCAUCCAACUUUAAAAAUUAAGUCGUUUCACCGAGCAUAUUUUGCACCUGUUAGAGGAGUUGUCACUCAGAUUUUGUUUACAUUGGAUUUGUUUGUCAACAAAUUUUGAUCUUGGGUAUGCAGAUUAGUCACAUGGUUUGUAGAUUGCCUUCAGUUUUUCAUUUAAUAUCCAAUGUGUCAAGGGAUUUUGUUGAGAUUUCAAAAGGGUACUGAAGAAGCAUAGUAUCUCGCUCAAGUCAAAAAAUGUUAUUCAAUUUGUGUGUGAGUGCAUGUGUGUUUCAACACAGUCAAGUCAUAACUGAAGAACAAUUUUGCAGUUAUGCAAAAGAAAUUUUGUCCCAGACUAUUUAGAUGAGAGAUUUAUGCUUUCAUGUUAAACUUUUGGCAGUGCUAUGAGUGAGCAGUGCUUUAUAAGGGCACAGGAGUCAUGAUGGGCAUCAAAAACAAGUCGUGUACAGUUGACAUGGUAAAAAAAAUUGACUCGUUUGUAGUUAGUGAAAUCCUUUUAGUUGACCACUCAAAAUUCAAGAUACAAACUCAUUUUUUUUUUAGUGCAUUGCAAAAGCAGAAUUUGAGAAACGCAAGCAUUUGGUUUGUGUACGUAUUUGUGCACUAGUGUUCAAACAUGCGAUAGUCUAGCUAAUAUAAUCUGGAAUAUUCAUCUUGAAGCAGGAUUUAAAUAUCUUAAUCGACUGAACAAAAUGCGUGUUGGUCUUUUUUUAAAUAUGUAUAACUGUAAUCGACGUAAAUGAAAUGAACAAAAGGAUAAAUUAAUGAUCAGAUGUAUUUGUAAGAGUAUUCGGUACAUUUUUUUCUCAGCAUUUUUUUACCAACCAAACAAUGCACAAUGAUUGUAAAAGUCUAUGUGAUUGCGUGUGCGUGUGUUUGUAUAUAUGGCAACCAACCCGUAAUUAAAAUGUUGUGAUUUUUCAUUUUUCAUGAAUCAAACUUGAGCGUCAAAUUUGAAGGAUGUAACUUAAAUGCUGAUUGACAUGAUUUCAUAUAAUAAUAUGAGAUUUGAUACGGUUGAGUCUUUUUCUUGGGAUGAAGGGGAUAAAAAUGCCCCUGCCCUCUCUUAAAUUAAAAAAACAAUUGACCUUGUAUUAAAUUGUUUGAAAUUUAAACAUUUGGAAAUUAUAUUUAUGGCUCUUCUGAAAUGUUCAUUACUACUAGCCUGCCUCUCCCAGCUAAAAAUACCUAGAUGUAUUUUAUUGAGCAGAGGGUGCUUUUGUUUGCUAAAAGCCUAACAUUUCUGGCCAAGACCUUGUUUUUGAUUUGCCUCCUUAUAAUUAAAUUAAUAAUUGUAAAAUAAUAAUUUCUGUUGCAAGACGUGUCUCCUCAGCAAAAUGUAUUCUUAACUUUAAAGAUGUCAUUUCAAUGACAAUUAUUUUUGCAUGUUAAUGGUCGCACUAGGAAAAUACUUCAUAGAAUUACAAAUUAAGAAUCGCAAGUUAAAUCACCUUUCCACAAAAAAGGCAGCUUCAGAUAAAAUCUGCUAUUUCACACAAUAACACCUCCAACUCUAUCUGGUAAAUGAAAAGCAUGUUUGAUACUUUAUGUAAUUGUAGUCUAAUUUGGGAUCCAAGAGGACUAUUCUGGGGUUGGGGCAAGCAAAGUUCAUUUGAUAAUUUUGUUAGUCUCCAUGUUUGUUGUGCUUCAUUGUGCAGUGGUAAGCUGUCUUGUUACAAAGAACAAGUCUAUUAAAAACAAAAAGGAACCUAGCUCCUAGAGCAAGAAAGAAAAAAGA